AAUUGUAAUGGAACAGCAUAAAUAAUACUGUAAAAUUUCGAAAUAGGAUAGAAGACAAAUUAUUCAUGAAGUACUUGUAAAUAAGAGAUUAAUACUUGAAGUAAUUCAUUUAAACAUAAUAGGUUGCAAGAGAAUUCAAAGUAUUGCCUUCCACAUGCAAAUCCAUAAUUAAUACUUACAUUAAAGAAGGAAGAAUUGGGAAAAAAGAAAGAAGAAUUAGAAAAUUGAAAAAAGUAACGGCAAUUUAUACAAUUACAUUAAACCCAUUAAAUCCUCUUUCAUCAACAAUAUCAACUGAAUGUGAAAUUGCUGAAGUAGAGCAACCUUCUCUCUAAAGCAAUGCAUAAUAACAAGAAGUUCCUCAAAAAAAACCUUUUGAUUUCUUAAGUUAAUGGACUGAAAACUACAUCCAAUAUUACAAAAAAUACAAAUUAGGAGCUAAAUAUCAUUGAAAUUUCCAUUUAAUAAUAAAAUC